GCCAGCCGCCAGCGCCCAGCAGCGCACCGAGCGCAGCCCCGCUCGCCGCCGCGAUCCGAGCCGCGACUGUCCGAGUGUUGCGAUGAAGCAACACCAAGCAUCAAUAACAAAAUCGUAUAAUGCUAAAACUACCCAAAGGUCUUAAAAAGAAGAAAAAGGGGAAAAAAUCGAAACGCAAAGGUGAAGAAGAGCUUUUUACUGAAGAAGAAUUAGAAAAGUAUAGAAGAGAGCAUCAGCAACAAUGUACUGACAGUGGUGAAGGUACUACCAAAGAAAAUGAAGAGUGGUCUAAAUUCAAAGACUUAACUACAGGCAUAGAUACGGUUUUAAAAAAAACACAAGGAGACCUAGACCGCAUCAAAUCGACUUCAUUUUUUCAACGUAUUCCUCCUAAACAGGCAGAACCUGAAAAAAAGGAAUCGCCACCUAGACCAGUUGUUGAAGUAACCGAAGCAGACUUCCCACAGCUUAUUCAAGCUCAAACAGAAGCUGACGAAGAUCGAAGUGAGUACGGCGUAACAGACGACGAGUCCGAAGAAGAAGAGCAGGACGACAUCUUCGAUACCUCGUACGUCGAAGCUGUCGAACGUGGGGAAGUGAAACUCGGAUACGUGCCUGACUCACCGGAAGAAUUUCAGGAUGACGACAUCUUUGAUACAUCUCACGUCGAUGCUUUAAUAAAGGGACAAGAAGUCAAAACCUCUAAAGGAAAAAAGUCGUUAGACAUCGGAAUAGCUGUUGGUGUUCUUACUGGCAGAAUAGACAAUGUAACGGUUACUAGCAAACGAUCUAAGAGAGUUAUUCCUGGUGAUUUAUUAUUAGAUGCUACUGACACAAACGAUGAGAGACCCACUGAAACAAUAACUGUAGACGAACCCAUUGAGAAAAGUAUAUUGGACCUCGAUGCAGACAUCCCUAUAACGACACCCAUAGACUUGAGCGUAUCACUUCAUACGUCUUUGAUUCAACAAACGAAAGGUGACACAGAAAAGGCGCUUGUGAAAGACUUUUUUUCUGCUGAUCAACCACCGACCGAUGAAGAAUUUGAUGAGUUUACAUUACUUGCAGCAAAAUCACUUGAAGUCAACUCGGAAGUAACAAAAUUAGGAGAAACUGAAAUAAAGGCGGAACCCGUCUUACAAGAGUCAUGGUCAGCCUUUGAAGCAGAUAAGAAUGAAUUUGUGUUUGCAGAGAGUAUCAUUGAAGAUCAGAUAGAUGUGCUUGAUCCGUACUUAGAUCAAGACGAUCCGUUUGAUACUAGUUUUGCGGACGCUGUAAUACCUGUGAAUCAGUUUCAAGCUAAGAAAGAAGCAGUAAUUCUUGAGGACGACGACGAUUUUGAUCCACGCUCUGAAGAAGUUCGAGUAAAAUUAAAUAAUAGGCGUAAAUCUUCAGUGCGUAUUCAUUUAACUGAUCCCUCAGGCAUUCGAGAAUCUAUUACGUCUGACGAUAUUAUUGACAAAGAAGAUAAUCAUUCAGUCCGGGAUUUGUUGGGAGGAAGUACUACAGAUUUAACUCAGCUGGGAGACUCACCACUGGAUCCAGUGGAUAUCAAUAACUGUGAGAUCGACCCAUUUGAUACUACAAUUGUUGAUAGCAUUGUUGCUCCUGGUAAGGUAGAGUUAAAGCUUUUAGAACAAGAAUUAAUAACUUCAAAUUCUUCUACAAUAUAUAGAGUGCCAAGUGAUCCCGAUUUUGAUCCUAGGGCGGACGAACCGAAAAAAGCAGAGCGUCGAGCUUCUCGUCCUGAGAACUUAACAGUUAGUAAGAGUGUUGUAUUCAACGUUGACUCAGACGAAACGUUAGGUGUCGACACAAAAGUAAAGUCGAAUAAACCGGUCACACCUUACUAUACUCGGGAACUUUCAAUCACUGAAGACGCCAGCGAAGAAGCGGAAGCAGCUGACAGUGUACCUGAUUCGUUGACACGCACACGGUCUGACGAAGACUUGGCACCGAAAGUCAACUAUCAAAAUAAAAGAAGACAUUCAGAAUAUUCUCGGACAAGUGACAUAAAGGCUUGUGAUCUAUUACAUGGUGCUCAGGUUGAAGUUAAAGCGAAAGUACUGACACCUUCGGAGCCACUUCAACCUGCGACGAUAAUUGAUCCUUUCGAUACUUCUUUUGCCAGCAAUAUCGUUCCUUGUAAAACUGAAUUAAAACUUUUAGCCAAAGAGUUUUCUUGUGAAGAGACCGAUAGCUCACAAGACAACAAGCACGAUUUAUUAGAUCCAUCUGACGACAUAUUUCAAGCAAAAGCUCUAACUCCAGAACCUUCAAGCUCUAAAUUGAUAGAUACAAAUUUCGACCCAUUUGAUACAUCUUUUGCUGGUGACCUGAAUCCAGGCAAGACAGAAAUAAAUAUGAACGAGCCAAGCGCUCCCGCCACUACGGAUGUCCUUAAUCCCUUUAUGAUUGCCGACACGGAACCCGAGGCAAUUACUUGUGAAAAUCCUUUCGCUACUAGUAAUCCCUUUUCUGAUUUCGGCAGCGAAUACGAACCACCGGCAGGAGAUACUGUACCUGUGGAUAUUUUUAGCGGUAUAGAACCGACUGGCAUUGGAGCGAAGCAAUAUGAAGAAUUUCCUGAACAAAAAUCUACACCACUGGAUAUAUUCACAACCAGUCCAGUGGAUCAAGACCGAUUAGUCAAACCGACUGAACUCGAUUUAGUGACUGCUACGCUCGACCAUCCAUUUUCAAACGAAGAAGAAGAUCAAAGUCAUCAUUUGCCAGCUCGACCUUUGCCACCUGAAACACAAAAUUUAAUCUUAACUGUAACUGGUCAAAUGGAAUUUACAAGUUCACAUCUGCUAGACCGCAUCCCCCCUACACGCACUCCGAGCCCUGUGUCUGUGCGAGACAUUCAUUCACCUAGUCCCACGCCGGAGCCGGAGCAUGUUGAAGAGCCACUAAGCGAUAACUUCGAUAUCAAUCGCAACAAACCGACCCGGCCACCGCCGGCCCGGCCGCCGCCAGCGACCCGCCCGCCACCACCGCGGCCUCAGCCGCCACGCCCGCCUCCGGCAGCACCGUUAACUCAACCAGCAGCACCACCACCCACGCAACAUUCAGAUGAUAUUAAUCUAUUCGAUGCACCCAUGCCUGCCUCUAUCAAACCUACUAAGGAGGCUAUUUUGAGCUUAUACACGGCACCUAAAAAAGAAGAAAAACCCAUAGAUUUUUUAAGCGAUGAUUUAUUAGACGACGUCACUGCUAAUGUAAAAUACGACAUUUCACAACAUCUUCCAGGAGAAGUAGCCACGUCUGUUGGUACUAUUUCCGGGCCAACCAGUUUCGAACCAGAGGAGCUCAAAUCAGUGAGUGUGACAGCAAGUAAUGUGUUUUCAACAACAGUAGACUCCAUAGCGGACACAGUGGCACCUAUGGAUUGUUCGGAGCCACAGAUAGAGGACGCCACUGCGACUUGUAAUACUUCUCCAUUUGGGGACGUUUUGAAAGACGACUUCCAAGCGCAACCAGCUAGCAUAGAUGUUGAACGAAAUCCUUUUGAGAAUCCCAUCGAUUCAGUAGACGUGGGAGCCCAGUUACCCGAAGCUGUAGAUAUAUUUGGCGUGACGCCAACUGAUAUUGUAAUGACAAGUAGUAACGAUAUUUUUACUAACACUAAAGAUAACAUUUUUGAGAUUUCAUCCAUAAAUGGGACAGGUGAAGCCCCCAGUGAUCCAUUCAAUUCGGCUCCAAAGGAAAUUACAAAUGCUGCUUCACACCCCUCUCAACCACUGGACAGACAGGCGGAAAGUGGUUUCGACGUUAGUGGUCUAUCGCCUUCAGCCACUACUGAUUGGGGUGCACCGACAGAAAUAACUAUGCAGGACGCUUUUCCCAGUAGUCAAGAUGCGUUUGACGCAUUUUCAGCGAAGUUUGACGCCACUGCAGCUAAUAACUUGAAUUCGGGAGCUUGGGGUGACGACAGCAGCGCGGAGAUGGCGCCGAGCGGGUUCGAAGCGGAGGCCUUCGACCCAUUCCUCAGCAUGGGGGCGCCGCCACCGCCCGCCGCCACGCCGCGCCUCGACCACCAGCCCUCUCGUGACUCGGUGGACGAUACCUUCUCUGUCUUCAUCAGGCCGAAGGACAGCGAGGCGGGCGGCGGGGCGGAGGGCGCCGGCGCCGUGCCGGUGCUGGCGCCGCCGCCGCGCCCGCAGGCGCUGCCCGAGUCACCGCGCGCCAACCCCUUCGACAAGAGUGGUUUCGAAGAUCGCCGAGACCCAGUUUACGAGCGAGGUGAGGGCGAUGCGGGCAGCGAGGGGGAGGGCGAGGGCCCGCCCACGCCACUGUUUGACGAGGACGUGUCGCAGCCGCUGGAGGACUUCCCGCGCACCAAGUAUUCGGGCCCCGGCUGGGAGAUGCAUUUGCGACAGCCCAAUAAAAAGAAAAUUACAGGACAGAGGUUCUGGAAGAAGAUCUUCGUCCGCGUGGCGCUGGUGGGCGACAACCCGGUGGUGCAGCUGUACAACGCCGCGACGGACAAGGAACCCUUCCAGGAGUUGCCGCUGCAGGCCUGCUACUCCGUGUCUGACAUCGGCGCGCAGCAGUUCGACCAGUUCGGCAAGAUCUUUACUGUCAAGUUGCAGUACGUCUUCUAUAAAGAGAGACCUGGCGUCAGGCCGGGCCAGGUGACGAAGGCGGAGCGCAUCACGAACAAGUUGUCUCAGUUCGCGGCGUACGCCAUCCAGGGCGACUACCAGGGAGUCAAGGAGUUCGGCAGCGACCUGCGCAAACUGGGCCUGCCCGUCGAACACGCGCCGCAGGUGUCGCAGCUGUUUAAGAUCGGCUCCCUGACGUACGAGGACGUGAAGCAGUUCAGUUGUUGCGUGGAGGAGGCUCUGUUCCGGCUGGCCGCGCACAGAGACCGCGCGCUCACCUACAAGAUGGAGGAGGUGCAGGUCACGGCGGUGGACGAGCUGUACGUGGAGCAGGACGCGGAGGGCUCCGUGCUGAAGCAGAUUGCGAGAGUGCGACUGUUCUUCCUCGGCUUCCUCAGCGGCAUGCCGGACGUGGAGCUCGGGGUCAACGACCUGCGGCGGCAGGGCAAGGAGGUGGUGGGGCGGCACGACAUCAUCCCCGUCGUCACGGAGGAGUGGAUCCGGGUCGAGGACGCGGAGUUCCACGCCUGCGUGCAGCCCGAGGAAUUCACCAACACGCAGAUCAUCAAGUUCAAGCCCCCGGACGCGUGCUACAUCGAGUUGAUGCGGUUCCGCGUGCGGCCGCCCAAGAACCGCGAGCUGCCGCUGCAGCUCAAGGCCGUCUGGUGCGUCACCGGGAACAAGGUGGAGCUCCGCGCGGACGUGCUGGUGCCCGGGUUCGCGUCCCGCAAGCUGGGCCAGGUGCCGUGCGAGGACGUGGCCGUGCGGUUCCCCAUCCCCGACUGCUGGAUCUACCUGUUCCGCGUCGAGAAACACUUCCGAUACGGUUCCGUCAAGUCUGCCCACAGGCGAACGGGCAAGAUAAAAGGCAUCGAACGGUUCUUGGGGGCCGUGGACACCUUGCAGGAAUCUCUCAUCGAGGUCACCUCCGGCCAGGCCAAGUACGAGCACCAACACCGCGCCAUCGUCUGGCGCAUGCCGCGACUCCCCAAGGAGGGGCAGGGGGCCUACACCACGCACAACUUGGUGUGUCGCAUGGCGCUGACGUCGUACGACCAGGUGCCGGCCGAGCUGGCCAGCCACGCCUUCGUGGAGUUCACCAUGCCCGCCACGCAGGUGUCGCACAUGACGGUGCGCUCCGUGUCGCUGCAGGACCACGACGGGGACCCGCCCGAGAAAUACGUGCGCUACCUGGCGCGCCACGAGUACAUAGUGGGCAUCGAGCGCACGUCGGGGCAGGCGGCGCCGGCGUACGCGCUGGCGACGGCCGGGCGCCACGCCGAGCCCGCGCCGCCGCCCGCCGCCGCGCCGCUGCCGCAGCCGCCGUCCUCCGACUCCGACUCCGACUAGGGCGCCUCGUGAGACGCUCGCCCUCCCGCUUAGGACAGCCUUAGGACACCUGGGACUCGACGAAACAUAUAGGACUAUACCAGGACUCUCCUAAGUAGUGUGCUCCUGGUAAUUGCUCACAAAGGAGCGGCAGAUUGCUAAAUAUAUUUGUAAAAGAGAGAUGUAUUCUCCCUCUUCGUGCAUCCUUUGUAGGAGCGUGGAAUUAUACUUUUGAGCAGUUGGCGGUGCCAUGUAUGUAUGAGCUGUAUCACCGAGGUACAGUCAGCCGCCGCCCGCCGCGUAGCCUGACUUGAUCUUAAAUAUUAAGUACCUAUGUUUUAUGUGUAAGCAGCGUUACAUUUAAUUAACCAUUUCAUCGUACAUUCCAAAUAAUCAUUUUCUCGAUGUAUAGCCAGUACUUAUAAUAUCUAUUUGCCGACGGGUAGCCGCAGUAGGUUAGGGUGAACUCUGACCACUACUGAGCAGUGGGCCGCCCUACUGAGACGGACGGCCGACAGCUGGCAGCUGACAGCUCGGUAUAUCAUGUUCCAUAUCUAUUGUCUAUUGUAUGUACAUAAUGUGAUAAAGGUCGUAAACGACUGCGGAUGAAACCCCACGGUCGUUGUGUAAGUAGACGUAGUGCGGCCGCGUGUGUUAGACAUAUUUAAGCAAUAUUAUAAUGUUGAUUUUGGUUAGCCUUGUAACAAUAUGUAACCGUCGAUGUUGCAUUACUUUGCGUGACAAACAUGUACCCGCGUACGGCGACAGCGACAGUGACGUGACAGUGACGUGACAGCGACAGUCGCCGACUGUACAUACGAUGUUGCGGUACUUAGUGGUGAGAUUUACUUUGCGAGUGUACGAGUGUACUCACACAUACACAGUGUAGUUAGCUGUUGUGCUGUUAGAUUGUAUAAUAAAUAUAUUGUUGCGAUCUCCUGUGUAGCCUCACCGUUAGACUACUACUAACUGAAUACAGACACAAUAAUUAAUGAUAUUGUAGCCACACUAUUUAGAGGGCAUUGUAAAGAUACAAAUGAUUAUUUAUGUAUUUAACUAUUUACUCGUAAAUGCUAGUCGCGUUACACACAAAUAUAAUAAUAUGAUAUAUACUGUUAUAUGAUAUACAACUUACUUAACGUGUUGUAGGCGCUGUUUGACAUCUGUUGUAAGUAUAUUAGUACCUGUCGACCUACAUCGCAGACCCUAUGUUCUGUUGUGAAUAAAAUAAAAUAACAUGAAUACGUGU